ACUUUCUCAAAACCCUGGGACUGGGUGCAUAAUUCUACUACAGGGCAACAGGGUUUAUACGUGAGAGUUCAUUGAAGUCUUGAAAUAAGCAAACCAAACCGCUACCAGAUGGAGCAAUUAAAGGAGCUUGAACAAGUGCAAAAUAUAAUGUUGAUGAUCCAAUCAGCUGGCGCAAUUGAUUCUUCCAACAACACAAAUGCUGAUUCGAAUCGUUUCCUUGCUAAUUUCAUCCUCUUCAUGAUGCAACCAUGUGGUGAACUUGAUAUGAAUCAAAAGUGCAAAUUGAUCUCUAACCAUUUCCCAAAGAUUUCUUCUGCAUUUAAUAAGGAAUCAUCACCCCAGCUUUGUGACAAAGGAAAUAUUGGCAUCGAAGCUUCUCUAUCACAUCAUUGUGAUGAUGACAUGAGUGUUGGAUUAUUACAAACUGAUUGUGCUGAUGUGGCAAUGGUUACACUUGAUUCGAUGCAAAGGGCAAAUUCUACUUUACAAGAUUUUUGCAGAUCUUACUUCAUGUUUCAUGAAAUGGAUGCUAAUAAUGCAGAAUCAAUAUUCAAAUACUUACCACUGCUUUCAUUUACAGAAAGUUACAUCUAUCAGCUGGACACCAUAAAUGAGAAACUCCUGCAACUUCCAUCCAAUGGAAUUCCAGAUUCUGACAUGUUGACACCUGAUUGGAUUCUAAGAUUUAUAAAGUCUUUCAAAACUGAUACCUUCAAACCACUUGCUGUUCUUCUAGAAAGCUAUGGAAUAUAUACAGAUAGGAUAAGAGAUGAGUUGAAAUGUGGGGAAGAAUACUGGGCUCUAGAAAGAAAACUUUGUUCUGCAUUAACAAACAAACAGGAGAUUCAAAUGGAAGAUGUUAUGAAAGCAAUUCAUCUCAAGUCCUUUGACUAUCGAGUGCUGAAUCUACUCUUGUAUCAGUUGAAUGGAAAAGAUAUCAAUGAAACACAUAUGGAGUUUUUAUCAGUAUCAGAGUUCCUUGUGGAAGUAUCUGAUGACUUGUUUGACUAUGAGGAGGAUGUGUUGGAGAACAAUUUUAAUAUCUUGCGCAUGUUUGUUAGAAUACAUGGAGCUUCCUCAGCACCGGUUUUCCUUGCAAAAUCAAUAAUUGAGGCUGAGAAGAAAUACAACUCCUUACUAAAUACUUUGGAUCCUCAACUCUCUUUUAAAUAUCAAAAAAGAUGUGAAGAAGCAACAAAAGAAGGUGGGAAGGUAUUUGGUCCUCCCCUUGGGACAUGGAGUAUACCACCAAUUAUCGAAGAUGAAGAUUUAUAUAGAACUAGUUCUGUUUAGGUACAUAUUAAAAUGGACUUACUUAUUUUAAUAUUUAAAGUCGAAUCCGACAAUUAAUUUAGUGCUUAAAAU